AUGGCCCCUUCUAUUAGGCAAUCCCCACUUUCUUGUCGUGGUCACACAAGGCCCGUUGUAGAUAUUUCGUUCAGCCGGGACACCAAUAAUUGUCUUCUAUUAUUGACAGCGUCCAAAGCUCUCCAAUUUGCGGCUACAUUGUUUCUUUUUACAGAUGGAAAGGCCAUGCUGCGUCGUGGGGACACAGGUGAUUGGAUAGGCACCCUCAAUAGGCAUAAAGGAGCCGUAUGGUGCUGUACCCUUGAUGAAUGCGCCACUAAGGCCGCAACAGUCGUACCGAUAGUGGCGCUCGUUUAA